AUGUAUAUAGUAUUUCUACUAUUUGUUGCCUCGUGUUCUGCGCAAUAUCUUCCCAAUGGUUGUCCGUCGGAUUUUAGCGUGCAUCUCUUGCUGCCGCACGAGACAGACUGUGAUAAGUUUUACCAAUGCAGCAAUGGUCAGAAAAUUUUAAAACAAUGCCCGUCUGCAACGUUAUUUGAUAAUGACCUCCAGGUUUGCAACUGGCCCAAUGCAGUCGAUUGUAGUAGAUGGGUAACUCAAACUACAGAAUAUGUAGCAACGAAAUAUCCAGUGACUACAGACUCUAUCAAAACGGAUUAUGUUACGGAGGAUCCAACAGCUACAGGAUCUGCAUCAACUAAGCCUGUUACUACAGAGUCCGGAGCUAAUCAUACUGCAAACAUAACUUCACCAGAUUUAACAACUGAUGUAACUGCGAGUACAAAGAUUGAUGUUGAAUGUCCACCAGACUCCACAGCUACAAUUUUAUUGCCCCACGAAACAGAUUGUUCUAAGUAUUAUGCAUGCAGCAAUGGUUAUAAAAUUUUGAUGUCUUGUGCAUCGGGGACCUUUUUUGAUUUUAACGCACAGGUAUGUGAUUGGCCACAAAAAGUGACUUGUGCAACUACAGCAACGACAGAAUCUUUAGUAACAGUCGUUGAAACUGAAACUGAAACCUUGACAGAAAAAGCAACUAUAAAAUAUUCUACACCUGUAGUAAAUUAUUCUACUGCAGAUACUACAAGGUAUGAUUACACCAAUGAGCCUGAUAUUACAAGUACCGAAGAAUCUGUAGGAACUAAUGAUCCCACUCCUGAUAUUAUAACACUAACAGAUGAUUAUGAAACGAGUGCGACUUCUAAAGUGACAACAACUAAAGGCCAUGGAACGGUACCUACAGCGACGACAGAAUAUUCAACGGCUAGUAUUACUACCUCAGACAAACAAACAGCAACCGAUCAAGUAACAGAAAAUAUCAAAACUACAAGUAAAUUAGAAAUAACUACUACAAACGAAGAAAAACAAGAUACAACGACAGGACACAAUUUGUCAACAGAUAUCAUUACUACAACAAUAAAAUCACCAGAAGAAAGUGAUAGAACGACUACCUUAGCACAAAUAACAACGGACUUAGAUAAGUCCUCAUCUGUGCAUGAAAUUCCUGAACUUCAAACAACUACAGAAUUACUCCGUACGACAAAUACAGUUUUUUCAACUACCGAAAAUAAACAAUCCACAGAAAGUGAGUUGAGUACUACAGAAAGUUUACAAACUACGUCAAAUUAUGAGUCAACUACAUUUUCAGAACCAAAAACGACUGAAAGUCUGGAAUCAACCACAUCAAAUAUUCAUACUACAGAAGAACUUGUAACAAUUACUGAUAACUUUAGUACAGAAAUAUAUGAUACAACAACACAGCUUUUAGAAGUCACAGGAGAUGAUGCUGAAAAAACUACAAAGCUACCAGAAGUUUGCCCAGAAGGGCACUAUGGAAACGUACCCCAUCCUGAGUUGUGUGACUCGUUCUAUAUGUGUGCGAACGGAGUCGCUAUACAGCUCUAUUGCAGUAAAGAUUUAGAAUACGAUCCUUCACUUGGAUAUUGUGUCCCAGUCAGCAGCAACGGAUGCACAGCUUCAAAAGUGACAUCAACAACCGACAAUAUUACGACAAUAUACGAUUCUACAACAAUUAGCGGGGCAUCAACCCACCAUGUCACGGAUAUUAGUACCGAUCAAACACAUACACUAACAACAGAAGCCACCGACUGGACACUGAGUACUGACGAAAACAAUACUACUUCGGAAGGCCCUGCAUCUACAACUUUUAAAAUAGAAGAGACUACCAGUAAUACUAAAUAUGAAAGUACAUUAACAACAUCAAAAGAAACGGUCCCUGAGGAUACUACAAAAGUGUCACAAACUACAACUGAAACUGUACACACCAUUGAAUAUUCUACGACAGAAAAUCCGAAAAUUACUUCAGAUAUAUUGACCACUUUAGAGAAUUCUCAGACGGACUCAACCCAAUCUACUGUUGGAGAGAUGUCAACGUCUGCACAACCUGUGACAGAUAACGUACUAUCUACAACAUUGCAGACGAAAACUACAAUCGGAGAAGAGAAUUUACCUUCGAAUCCAUCUCAAACAACGGAAGAUACGAUAAAUACUUUGAGCACUAUUAUUAAUACCGUCGAGACGUCUUCGGAAAUAUAUACAACUUCUCUGAGGGAAUAA